AUGAACGUACCGAACGUGUUGACAUUGAUACUCUCAUUGGUGCUUCGAACCGGAACAUCUCGUCCAGGACGAAAACAUCAUCCACAAGUGAAAUCUGACCCUACAAAUAUUUUGGACACCAUAAUGACGCACUACGACAAAAGAGUUCGACCAAAUGCGGACACCGUUCAUCCCGUAAUCGUUCAUAUGACGAUCGUCUUAGGAAUUCUCACCGAAGUGAGAGAAAACCAACAAGUGGCAAGUUUCGUAAUCUCUCAUGUACAGAGAUGGCAUGAUCCAAAACUUCAAUGGGAUCCGGACAAAUACCAUGGUUUGAAGCAAGUGGUGAUGCCACAGAAUCUCGUCUGGGUACCGAAGCUCUUUAUAUACAACAGUAUGGACACGAAGGAUAUGCUGAACGAGGACCGUUAUGAUGUAAGAGUUCAACACACAGGUCAUAUAAAAAUCAAUAUCCCACAAUUUGUUACGAGCUUGUGCCGAAUCAAUAUCGACUUGUUCCCGUUUGAUACACAGUUUUGCGCAGUCGCUUUGGCUUCGCCGUUAUUAUCAGUUGAGGAAAUGGAUGUGAACGCCACUCAACCUCCUAAGGAUUCGUAUUUUUCGGGAAAUGCCGAGUGGGAGGUGAUAAAUGUGACAGUGCGGCAGAUGAAGUUCAUGGAAGAUGGUGAAUAUCGCGCAGAAGUGCACUAUAUACUGCAUCUCAAUCGUCGCCCUAUCUACUACAUUACAGUCAUCGUUGUUCCCACUUUUCUCAUCUCUGCUCUUUCCAUCCUUGGUAUUUUCUCACCAGGAUCAAACGACGGACCCAGAAACGAAAAGGUUUCCUUAGGGCUAGGAUCUCUCCUGGCUAUGACUGUUCUGUUGGACAUCGUAGCUGGAGCUAUGCCGAAGAGCAACAGUAUACCUCUAUUGGGUUUUUACAUUAUAGUAGUAAUAAUGUUGUGUGCGAUCGGGGUCGCAAUUUCAAUGGCUUUACUCGGUUUAUCCCGAUCCUACAUACAAACCGAGGAACUUCCGUCAAAAACCGCCUAUAGGAUUCUGUUGUUGACGCCGACAAAGGCGAUGAGACUCAGCAGUAUUUGCCCCAUAGCUCCUUCAGAGAAGAUUGCUGGCAUAGCACCUCGUUUCCCUGAUCUCGCAGCUAUCUAUCAUCAACUAACAGAAGUGUCCCGUGCUCAAAGGACGUAUAGAGAACGUAUGGAACGUCUACACUGGAAUAACCGGGUGGAGAAGGAAUGGAACCGGAUUUUUUCGCGUGUUGACCAUGUCUUCCUCUUCCUAUUCCAAUCCGCAAAUGUCUUGGUACUGCUGAUGUUCUUACGGUACGCCUUCAUUCCUGUGCCUGAUCUGCCCGAUGAUUUCGCUGUUUAA